GAUCUACAGCUAGAAUAUGGCCAUGGUCCUCAGUACGGCUAUUUUUUGGGCGCAAAUAAGAGUCUCUUAAAAUCAGUUGAAGAAGAACUGCAUCAGCGGGGACAUGUGGCACAUUUAGAAGAUGAUGAUGAUGAUGCAGAUGAUGAUGCUAAACAUGCUACUAUGAAACCUAAAGUGCCACCUCCUUUACCACCAAAGCCAAAAUCCAUCUUUAUGCCCCAAGAAACUCAUCCUUCUGAAAAUGAUAAUCAAGGGACAAUCAAGAGAUGCCCGAUGUCAGAGAGUCCAGCAAAAUCUGCAUCUCAUGUUCCUCCCAGACCACCACCUCCUCGAUUACCUCCACAGAAAUCUAAUGCUUUAGGUAAUGGAGUAAUUUCUGUACAAUUAAAUGGUGAAAGAGAAGGAUCACCACAUCAACAGAAUGAAGCUAGAGAGAGUAAUUUUUCAAGGAGAGAAAAGAAGGAAAUACUGAAACCAAUUAGUAAUGGCCUUCCUCCCACACCUAAAGUACAUAUGGGUGCUUGCUUUUCAAAGGUUUUUAAUGGCUGUCCAUUAAAAAUUCAUUGUGCAACAUCAUGGAUAAAUCCAGAUACAAGAGAUCAGUACUUGAUAUUUGGUGCAGAAGAAGGUAUUUACACACUGAAUCUCAAUGAACUUCAUGAAACAUCAAUGGAGCAGCUAUUUCCUCGAAGGUGUACAUGGUUAUAUGUCAUGAACAAUUGCUUGUUGUCAGUAUCUGGUAAAGCUUCUCAGCUUUAUUCCCAUAAUCUACCAGGACUGUUUGAUUAUGCAAGGCAAAUGCAAAAAUUACCUGUUGCUAUUCCAGCACAUAAACUCCCUGACCGAAUACUUCCCAGGAAGUUUGCAGUGUCUACAAAAAUUCCUGACACUAAGUGGUGUCAGAAGUGUUGUGUUGUGAGGAAUCCCUACACGGGCCACAAGUACCUUUGCGGAGCACUGCAGUCUAGCAUUGUUUUGUUAGAAUGGGUUGAACCAAUGCAAAAAUUUAUGUUAAUCAAGCACAUAGAUUUUCCUGUACCUUGUCCGCUGAGAUUGUUUGAAAUGCUGGUAGUCCCUGAGCAGGAAUUCCCUUUAGUUUGUGUCGGUGUCAGUAGAGGAAGAGACUUCAACCAGGUGGUGAAGUUUGAGACUGUCAACCCAAAUUCUACCUCUUCAUGGUUUACAGAAACAGACACUACAGAGACAAGUAUUGUACAUGUAACACAGCUGGAGAGAGAUACCAUUUUGGUGUGUUUGGAUUGCUGCAUAAAAAUAGUGAAUCUGCAAGGCAGGUUAAAAUCCAGCCGCAGACUUUCAUCGGAGCUCACAUUUGACUUUCAGAUUGAAUCAAUAGUCUGUUUACAAGACAGCGUAUUAGCGUUCUGGAAACAUGGCAUGCAAGGAAGGAGUUUUAGAUCAAAUGAGAUCACACAAGAAAUUUCUGAUAACACAAGGAUAUUCAGGCUUCUGGGAUCUGACAGGGUCGUGGUGCUGGAGAGUAGGCCAACAGAUAACCCGACAGCCAACAGCAAUUUAUACAUCCUUGCAGGGCAUGAGAACAGUUACUGAGCACAGCACAUGGCAGGCAGCUCACCUGACAAGAGAACACUCCUGCUGCAGCAGCAUUCAUGGCUGGCUGAAAUAGCACAGAAGCUGCAGUAACCCCACUUCAGUUACUUUAUAAUUUAUUAUGGCAUGAGAGGAAGAUGAGAAUUGUUUGUGGUAUGGACACAUAAGCAUUAUGAUACCAUAGAAGUGCUUAAUUUACUGUUAUGUAAUCUUUGUACAUACGCAGUAUUUUUCAGUGAAACUUCUUGCUGAAGACCUACACUGACUUUCUGUAGAUAGUGUUCCUCCUGUUAAGUACAAGUCUUACCUGUACAGAUGUAAAAGUUGCUGAGGAUGCAAAAAUGAAAUCGGGGGUACUAUUUUAAGGACUUCUCAUGUGUUUAUUAUAAAGUGGGAUGCUAGCAAAAAUAUAGUACAUUUAACACUAUUGUAUUUUAUUAUAUGUCAUUUACUAAUACAAGUAAAUCUUAACUUUUAGAAAUUG